CUGAAUGUCCACUCAGAUAAAUUCCCGAAUACCAAUAACAAUACACAGAGAGGCCGCAGGUUGCCUGUCGUGCCACUUCUUGGAUCGUCAAAACUGAGCGAACUUCAUCAAGAAGAUGGCCACUCGUCGAACCACUUGUUUUCUGUGAAACUGAAAUUGCACAUUAUUUUCUACGGCCAGAGCUACAAUCUAACGGCAAAGGAAACGACUUGCCUCAGAGGAAAGACUCCACCCGUUUGUGCUAUACUGGUCGCGCUCGAUCAAUGUGGACUUCGGACCGUUCUCGUAGAAAAAACACAUCCGGGACCAUUUGGGUUCUACGUAGCUAUCGAAACCCUGAACGGGCAAAGAGGUAUAUUUAUCUCUCGAAUAUCGAUCGCCUCACUGUCACCUAUGCUGAGUGUUGGGGACGAAAUCCUUUACGUGGAUGACAAACACGUCAGAGGUCGGAGCCUUGAAACCGUUCAAGCGGCCAUAUCCGGUAAAACCAAAAUCUUACUUGUGUUGCUUCCAGAAGCUGAAAAUUACGUGUAUUAG